CAGACACUUUACUCUCUGAGUCUUCACGCGCUUGCCAUCUGAAUCUCGCCUCCGCCACACCGGAUCCCGCCGCCGCCGGCAUCAGCCCGCCCGGGUCUGGGGAGUACCCGGCUACAGAUUAAUAGGGGCUGGAGCUUCAAUCAAUAUAUAACAAGUCCACGGACACGAGCCAUGGCGAUGGUGGCAGUCGGGGGUAUGGUCGCCUCUGCCGUCAUCAAGGUGGUGAUUAAACAGAUUGGUUCCGCCAUCGGAGGCGAGAUCAAGCAGCACUGGAACAUGAAGAAGGAUCUCGAGAAGAUGAAGAUGACGCUGGAGUCGGUGGAGGCCGUGCUCAGCGACGCCGAGACGCGGUCGGUCACGGAUAACUCGGCUCUUCUCUGGUUGAAGCGGCUCAAGGACGCCAUGUACGACAUCUCCGACAUGCUUGAUGACUUCGAAGCUGACACCGACCUGUGGGCAGCUACGAUGAAUAUGAUUAAGAUGCCACGUAAGAUGAAGAAGAUGCAAAAGCGCCUACAAAAGAUAGCAGAUGACCGCAACAAUUAUCGUGUUCUACCAGAAACUCGCUGCGAGGAGAAGCAAGUUCCUGAUAUCCGGGAGACAGCAGGGAAUGUGGAGGAAGCAGAAAUCGUUGGAAGGACUGAUGAAAAACUGGAAAUCUUGGCUUGUUUAUCUGGAAACACCACUCAAGGGACCACCAUCCUUCCCAUAUGUGGCAUUGGAGGCAUUGGAAAAACCACCUUGGCGAGAUUAGUUUUCAGUGAUUCUGAGUUCAAACAAUACUCUCGGGUGUGGGUCUUUGUGUCCCAGAAAUUUGACCUGAAAAAGAUUGGCAACACCAUAAUAUCACAACUAUCACCGGGGAGCCCGAUACCUGAUGAUUUGCAUAGUAUUCAUACUCGUCUCCAAGAGCUCUUUACUGGUAAGAGGAUACUGAUCAUUUUGGAUGACCUGUGGGAGAGGGAUCCUUCUCGGCUACAAGAAUUGAAGGCUAUGCUGAAGCAGGGUGAGGCGAGCAAGGUGCUGGUUGUGGUUACCACACGCGAAAAACGCAUUGCAAAAGAAAUUGGCACUGUUGAUCCAUUCGAAUUACCUCCCUUGUCAGAUCAAAUGUGCUGGGAUAUACUAAAAGUGAAAAGUAUGUAUGAAACAAGGCAGGACAAAGCGCGCUUGGAGCCUAUUGGGAAGGAAAUUGCAAAAAAGUGCGGAGGUGUGGCUUUAGCCGCUCAAUCACUUGGACACAUGCUGAAAUCCGAGACAUAUGAUGUAUGGGAUUCCAUCAGAUCCAACCAUAUCUGGAAUCUUUCUGCGUCAAAAGAAACAUCGUCUACACAUGAAGUGCUUGCAUCCUUGUUGUUAAGCUACAACUUCAUGCCUCCAAACUUGAAGUUAUGCUUUGCUUAUUGUGCAAUCUUUCCAAAAGGCCACAAAAUGAUUAGUGAUCAUCUAAUUCAUCAAUGGAUUGCUCUUGGAUUCAUGGAGCCAUCUAGUACAUUCUCUGCCUGGCAGCUCGGUGAGAGUUAUAUUACAAAGCUUCUGGAGAUGUCAUUUCUUCUACAUUCAAAUAUUGGCGCCCGAUUUUUUAAACAAACAAAUAGGGCUACAUGGUUCAUUAUGCAUGACCUGGUGCAUGACCUCGCAAGAUCGGUCAUGGCUGACGAAUAUAACUUGGAUGGCCCCAACUGCCGUUAUGCAUACCUGACAGAUUGUUGGAUGCCCUUAAAUUCAUCCACAAAUUCACCUGCAAAAAUAAGAGCGCUGCAUUUAGCACACAAAGUUCCGAACGGUGAUGCAUUUUCGCCAACUAAGCAUGUCCGUGUCUUAGAUUUAAGCAUAGACUGGGCGCAUGAUUUGACAGCUUCUAUUGGCCAACUGAAGCAGUUGAGGUAUCUUAGCGUUUCAAGUAUCCAUGCUCGAAUUAAUCCCAGGGGUAUCGGUAUGCUCUCAAAGUUGAAUUAUCUCAGAAUUUCUUCCCAUUAUCUCAAAGUAUUGCCAGAGUCGAUUGGUGAAAUGAAAGGUCUGAUACAUCUUGACUUGUCAGGUUGUUGGAACCUAAAAAAACUCCCAUUGUCAUUCAGGAAGAUCAGAGCAUUGGUAUAUCUAGAUUUGUCUAGUUGCAGUGGUGUUUCAGGAAUACCCAAAGCUUUGCGUGGCCUAACCAAACUGCAACAUUUGGGCUUAUCAGAAUGCACAAAUGUUAGAGGGCUGCCAGAUGCCAUCGUCAAUCUCACUGAUCUCCGGUACUUAAAUCUAUCAGGGUGCUUGCAAUAUAUCUUUGACGACUCAAGGGAUCAAACUGAGAGUUUCAUUGACCGUAUAUGCACCCUUCCCAAUAUGGAGCAGCUGGAUUUGUCUGGGAAUGAUUAUCCUCUUAUAAUACCAGAUAGUGCAAGCCACCUGAGCAAGCUGGUGCUCGAUGAGUGCCCCCAAAUUAUUAGGCUUCCAGAGUGUGUCGAUAAAAUUCAUUUUAUCGACUCAGCUUUGAGGUUUCUGUUCUUUUAUGUGCGCGCAGGUGACAGUUGCAGUAACAUCUAUUUGCUUAAGCAUGCAAUACAUGUUGAGCUGGAAAUCUCGCAGCUUGAAAAUGUGAAGUCCCCAGAAGAGGCACACAGUAUAAAUCUCAGGGAGAAACAGACCAUACUAGGAUUGACUUUAUCGUGGACCAAGGGUGAAAAUAGAUCCGUGGAUGACAUGAAGUUGCUGACGGAGCUAGUGCCACCAACCACUUUGCAGAGGUUUAAAAUAAAGGGCUACUGCAGUGUUGGCUUUCCACACUGGCUAAUGAGUAUGAGCAACCAUCUCCCUAAUCUUGUCGAGCUGACGAUGAAUGAUUUGCCAAACUGCAAGAGUGUACCGCCCCUUUGCCAACUACCAAACCUCCGAGAGAUUAGGCUCGUCAGAAUGAAAAACCUGGAAGAAUGGGACACAUCAUACUUGAGUGGUGAGGACAGUGUGAAUGAGCUUGAAAAAGUGGAGAUAGAAAAUUGCCCCAAGUUGAGGAUAAGACCACACCUUCCAAGAGCAGCAUCUUGUUCUAUAAAGAAAAGCGAUAAUGUGCUCCUUGUUGAAUGCAGUAACAUCAAUUUGACGAUCUCUCCAGAUAUAUGCGGGGCCCUCCAUUCCCUUCAGGUACUGGAAGUAUGGGACCACGCGAAGCUAGAGGAAUUGCCCAAUAACAUGAGGCAACUCACAAAGCUACAAUCAUUAACACUGUCCGGCUGUCCUAGGUUGAGACAGCUGCCAGAAUGGAUAGGAGAACUCGUGUCGCUCAGGAAACUUGAAAUGUGUGGCUGCAGUGCCAUCACGACUCUGCCAGACAGCAUACAACAGCUCACAAACCUCCAAAAAUUGGAAAUAAGCACCUGCAACCCUGAGUUAACGUUGUGGUGUGAUGCAGAGGAGAACCGGAGGAAGCUUGCUCACAUAGAACAAAAGGCAUCUAACUUGGCUUUUCAAGGUGUGGGUUCAGUGCUGAGUGUCUCCUCUGUUUCGCCACUCUCAGAAUCUGAAACUAUGAAGAAGAGGGAUGGCCAAGAUGAGGACGUUCGAUUUGGUGGGCGCGGCUACAGAAUAUGA